AUGCAGAUUAACCAUGGUAACCUUGAUGUAGCAAUUCAGAACAAACUCCCUCUACAGGCUUCAUACAUUUCAUCAGAAGAAAACUUCAUGUCAGACAAGGUGUGUCAAAAAGGAGUGAUAGCAGCCCCUUGCAACAGCCAUGCUUUGUAUCUGCUAGGACUUGCACAGCUUGCACAGUAUGACUACAAUCCAUGCGUGGCAAACAAAGACAUUCUGCUAGAUGCUCAACAGAGCUUUCGAGCAAGCGUGAGCUUAGAAAACAUGCCUGCCAUAGGACCACCUAAACAGGAAAUCACAGACCAAAAAUGGUGGCAAAACUGGAAAGCUGCUGAAGAACAAAAAUUACAACAGAAGCUUCAGCAGUCACAGAAAUCAGAAGGGUCCACUACUUCUUCAGCUGCAUCAGCUCCAGCAAAGGUAGCAGGCCGAGGCAGAGCAAAUACCAUUAAAGGGACAGUAGCUCAAAAACCUGCAGCAGCAGCUUCAGCAAAAAGUAGCACUCCGGCACGUAGAGCAGGGGCUGCAAGUACCAAAGGACCCUCUACUAUUCUCCCAAGGGGGCGUGGUGCAACCAUAUCACCAGUUAAACCAUCAAAAGGUAUAUCCAAACCUACUUCUGGCUCUUGUGAAAGUGCAACAGGAAACAAACAGACUGUUACCCCUAUCACUGACAAGCCUGCAUCUCCAUUAGUUGAACAAAAGCCUGUUUCAUGUGAUGAAACUACAACUACAACUCAAAUUGUGGGUCAACAGCCAAUAAACCGUAGCUCAUAUGUGCAUCACUUAGGACUGGCACGUGCUCUGUCUCGUACAGAAGAAUCCUUUGGAGAUGCCAAACAUCAUUAUCAAGAAGUUAUUGCAAUGGCUCCAGAGGUGUACGAUGCUUAUAUUGAACUGGCUGACCUGCUGGCAAAGAGUGACCUUCUGGCUGCUGUGGAUAUUUACUGUAGAUUUCCUCUAAAACCAGUCCAGGAGCAAACAUUUGAUGAUGCCUUCAUAACUGGGGAGAUUGUUCGGUUGUUAAUGAAACUGGAGAAAUAUGAUGAUCCUCGCUUGCCCCCAAACAUGAUUGCAUAUGGAAAAGUCAUGGGAAUAGGAUGCUUGGAAAAGUACAUGAGCAUUCUUGACGGAAAAUUUAAGACUGAGCUCCUGAAGACAGUUUAUGCAGGAAUUCACAAUAAAUCUAUAAAUGACCCAGAUCUUCAGAACUUUUUCCGUUUCAAAUGCUGGAUCUGAAAACUGCUUUAAUUAUAAAACCAAAACAAAAUGUGAUAAUUACUGUAAUAGCUAUCUGCAGCCAUCAAUAUAGUUAAUAGUUAACUAAUGAAUUUAUAAAAAUAUGCAAUUUUGUACAUAAUGCCAAUAAAUACCUGCAAGUUUAUUGGCUCUGAUAUACUUUAUUUGUAGUCAUAUAUGCAGCAACUAUAUAACUUUUAUGAGUUCUGUAGUACUGUCAAAA